AUGGAGUACACAAUAAAUACCAAUGAACGCCCUCUCUUUGCCGAGGACUUUCCCAUUUUCGAAUUUCCCAUCUACCCAAAAGGUGACGAAGCUGGAUUACGAACAAAAAAUGAUCCGAAUGAUCCAUACCAACGGCAGUCAAUCAUUCAACGAAGAGGGCGAGUGGAUAUUCGCUGCGAGCACAAAGACGUUGCUCACGGAUACCUAUCCAAAGACUCCGACGACCUCUCCACUCUGAUCGUGAUUCAGUUUCGCUUUGACCCUAAUGGGAUCGCUGCACGGAUCAAAGAGGCCCACGCGACGAUCAAAUUUGCCGCCAUGAAAAAGGGAUCUCCAGACCCAGAGGUGAUAGACAUGUAUCCCAAUGGUGGCUUUUUUGUUGCGCCUACGGUGCAAGAUGAAAAUAUUACUCGAACAGUUGGGGCGACCAUGGGGGCCAAAGCAGGGGGUUUGGAAAUUCGAGGCCAGCUGAAACAUCAAAAGACAGUCAAUCGCAAUGCUCAGAAUUUCACUUUCGUGCGGGGAUCCAUCGAUGUUAUGCGGGCUUCCGGCAAGCCAAAUGCAGUUCGUUGGGACUCGAUUGAGAAUCCAACCACCAAGACUGGCGUGGUCUGGAGCCUGCAGGGCGCAAUCCUACUCAAGCGGGAGACUAUGGAGCCAUUCAAGGCAAUCGUCAGUCUCGACGUAUCUGUGGAUACCAUCAGUUCGAUCGACGCUCUGUUCACUAAGGACCGCGAAGAAGACGAUGUUUGGUAUGAUCCGAACAAGCCUCCUACUAACAGACUGCUUAAUUACGAUGUCGAUAAUCUGAGUUCUGUGGACUUAGGGUCUCUAUCAGAUGUCACAUUCCGUACAGUACUUGAGGGUGCUAUUAAACAAAGAUAG